AUGUAUGGCGAUCCACGAUUUGUCUCAGACACCAUCACGCAAGGUGUCGUCAAGUUCCGUGAGCUGCAAAACGGAGAAGACGCUAGGUUUUGCUAUCUAGUCCACUUAGUUAAGCGGUGUUUUAACACUCUUAAGAAAGUAGGUGUUCCCAGCGACAUGCAUAACAGUCACGUGCUGUUAAUCAUUGAGCAAGAGAUGUGCGCAGAUGAUCGGAAAGUGUGGUCGAGAGACUUGGAACGAGAUGGAAAGAAAGCGACAUUACAAGGGCUCAUGGAUUGGAUGACGGUAGAAAUGAAGUCACGAAUGCGUGCAACAGCGCCACUGAGAACCGGUUCAAGUUCCGAUCGUUUCGUCAAUCAUUUCAUAGGAGAUACAAGCGACAGGAGUAACGCAACUUGGCACAAAUGUUGGAUGUGUCGAAACUCCACCCAUUGGCCAGAUCAAUGUCCGAAGUUCGCUUCUCUAAGCAUCGAUGAACGACUCAAGAUAGCCAAGGAGAACCAUGUAUGCUUUGGGUGUCUUAAAAGGGCCGGAAGAGACCACAGGAUGGAAAACUGUAGCCGAAGACAACGCUGCACGAAACAAGAAAACGGACCGCGGUGCGAACACUUUCAUCAUCCGCUCCUGCACAAAAAGAAAACGAUCAGAAUAGGAAUGGCCGCGGUCACAGCCGGUCAAGGUGCUCUCCUUCCUGUUAUGUCGGCUAUCAUUUAUGGCCUGAAUGGAAUCCAGAAGAAUGGAAACAUCCUUCGCGACACAGGUGCCCAAGUCAGCCUUAUCCGUUCUGACACCGCCGAGCUACUAGGGCUCAAAGGAAGGGACACCUCUGUGACAAUAGCAAGAGUUGGUGGCGAAGAAGAAACCAUAAGAACAAAAGAGUACCGGGUACCAGUCAGCUCUGUAGAUGACCGCAAGAAGCAUUCAAUAAAGGCCAUCGGAAUUCCGAGUAUCAGUGAUGAAAUGAUCCCAGUUCCAGCCUCACAGAUCACCGAACUCCUGGGACUGUCGAACGAGAAAUUCAGACGUGGAAGAGGACCGAUUGAUAUUCUCGUGGGAAUUGACCACGCCCACAUGCACGCAGGCCAAACCAGACCAGCAGGAGAGCUUGGGGCAAGACAAACACCACUGGGAUGGGUGGUGUUUGGAGGAUCACCAGGAAAUGUUCAGUCAGCGAAUCGCAUCUUGUUUGUCAAGCAAGCCAUACCGGUUGACUUGUCUGAUUUCUGGAAAACAGAGUGCAUGGGCGUCGAGGUGAAGGCAUGCGUCUGCGAAGCCGACAAAUUAAGCCAAGUAGAAAGAGAAGAGGCAGAAGUCAUCAGCCAGUCCUGUCGGAAAAUUGGCCAACAGUGGAUGAUUCCGUACCCUUGGAAAAGGGAUCCUAAUCUUCUUCCAGAUAACUAUUCGCUAGCACUGAAACGGUUAGAAGCAACCGAACGUCGCCUUCAGUUGAACCCCGAUCAAGCAAAAGCGUAUGACGAGCAAAUGAAGGAAAUGGUGGACCUGAAUUUCUGCCGAAAAGUAUCGAAAGAUGAGGUGAAGAAUUACCAGGGUCCCGUACACUACAUACCGCAUCACGCAGUAGUCAGACCAGAAAAGAAAAGCACGCCAGUGCGCAUUGUGUUUAAGUCGUCCUGUGUGUUUCAAAGGCACAAGCUUAAUGAUUAUUGGAUGAAGGGUCCGGAUUUACUGAACAGUCUGUUUGGUGUGGUCUUACGUUUCAGAGAAAAGGAAGUUGCGCUGGUUGGACACAUAUCAAAGAUGUACCAUCGCAUCCUGAUACUCGAAGAAGAUCAACAGGUUCAUCGAUUCUUGUGGAGAAAUCUAGAAACCUCUCGCGAACCCCAUGUGUACGUCAAAAUCGUACUUACCUUCGGUGACAAGCCAGCCCCAGCAAUGGCACAGAUAGCAUUGAGGAAAGCUGCUCAAGAAAGCAGGAGCACCCACCCAAAAGCAGCCGAGGUCAUUUUGAAAAACGCUUACAUGGAUGAUAUCUGUGACUCCGUUGACAUAGUGAAAGAAGCAAUACAACAAACUGAGGAUGUAGACAAUGUGUUAGAGACAGGUGGUUUCAAAGUCAAAGGGUGGAUCUCCAACAAACCCCUGAGAUUUACCAACCCUACCCAUAAAAAGCCCAUAGAACUUACAAUAACACGGUUUCCUGGUUUAUUCCGCUUCAAUCUGAUCCACGAAACUCUCACUAAAUUCGAUGGAAAAACUUUCCGUAAACUCGCGCUCUCACAACCUCCUUGUUCUUUUUACGCGACUCCAUUCUCGCUUUUUCCCACACGCACGUGCUCACCACCUUAUUUCGUACCCCUGCUCAACGUCACAAAACUGUGA